CGGGACGCUUCCUCGCGGGGCCUUGUGGGUAGCCGGCCGGGGUCUCCUGGCGACGAUGAUGGCGGGGGAUGUGGGCGGUCGCAGCUGCCCCGAUUCGGAGCUGUUGCUGCACCCGGAGCUGCUGUCCCAGGAGUUCCUUCUUCUCACCUUGGAGCAGAAGAACAUAAUUGUUGAAAAUGACAUGAGAGUAAACAAAGACAGUCUGACCGAUCUUUAUGUUCAGCAUGCAAUACCACUGCCUCAGAGAGAUUUGCCAAAGAAUAGAUGGGGGAAGGUGAUGGAAAAGAAAAGAGACCAACAUGAGAUAAAAAAUGAGACGAAAAGGAGUAGCACUGCAGACGGGUUUCGGAAAAGACCCCUCAUCGUGUUUGACGGGAGUUCAACAAGUACAAGCAUAAAAGUGAAGAAGACGGAGAACGGAGACAAUGACCGACUCAAGUCCCGGCCUCAGGCCGGUGCUACCAGUAAUGCCUUUCGAAAAUUGUCAGAUUCCUCUUCAGGUGUUUCACCCCUAAUUUUGUCUUCCAAUUUGCCUACGAACAAUAGAAUGGAACACAGUAAUAAUGACACUAAACAGAACCAUGACUUAACGCAUAGGAAAAGUCCUUCCGGCCCUGUGAAGUCGCCGCCUCUGUCGCCUGUAGGCAGUACUCCGGUGAAGUUAAAGCGCGCCGCUCCCAGGGAGGAGGCCGAGGCCGAGGCCGCGAAUAACCUGAAGCCCCCAGAAGCAAAGAGGAAGAUACAGCAUGUUACGUGGCCGUGAAGGAAAGUUUCCAAAAACGUAAAUAUAACUGUAACUGUAGUUUUUCAAACAAGUUCACAUUUACUGACAGUAUUUACAGAGAUCCUGAUUAUUGUGGAAUUUUCUUAAGAGGUUUAAAUUAGGUUCAAAAAAAUAAAGUCCUUUCCUUUCCUUUUUCCCUCCUUUUCCUUCCUUUGGGGGGAAGAAAUCUUGCCUUUCAUGCUCCAAUUAGGAAACAAUCUUUUUAAACAAAUGAUUUAGUAUAAAUCAUUUAUAUUGGCCCUACUCAAUUAGCUGCAAGUCUGGUAUAAAGCAUUUGAUGAAUUUUAGGAAUUAUUCGCAUUAGUCUCUUUUGGUCUUUGGGGAAAUUUGAGGUUUUUUAAACUCGGAUAUUUUAGAAGUUCACAAUUUUCAUUUCUUUUCCCAAGCAAAAGAAAAUAACAAUUCAUUGCAAUAUUCUAGUGAAUUCUGCCAGACUCCUCCUCAAGGUUCCCCGUGGAAAGCUGUCCAGAUAUACAGAUAAAAUGGCUGUUCUUUAAGUGCUCAUGUUGCCUCUUUCCCUAAAAAUCAGAAGGGGAACCAGUGCUUGCUAUCGCUCCUUCCCUCUAAUUGUGAAUUGACUUCUUGUGAGUAGACCGGCCCAGCCCUUGGACGCUCCUGUCAUGUGGCAGCCCUGCCCCUCUUCUCGCGGUGGCUCUGACCUCCCUCUCAGCUCCUGUAUCACUCUCUCCUGGGAGCUUAAUCUUUUCCAAAUGAGGCCAACUUCAAACUCUUCAGGGGAAGUAAUCACUUUAGAGGUGGUACCUGAUGGCAGAAAGCUUACAGGAUAGGAAGGGUGGGUAGAAUUCUAGAACCUGAGAAUCCAGGAAGCCUGGCAGUGAGGGGAACUCAGCGCGUGUGCAGUCUGCAGAAGGGGGUUUGCUGAGUCGGAGGUCACGAGAGAGCAGCGUGGGGGCAGGGCCCGGCACCCGCGGAGGCACUGCUGAGGUUUCGUUGGUGUUAAGUGGUGUCACUCCAGUUGUGUAGCAGAAGUCAGGUUCACGAGUUCUGGUGUCCACUUGCUGCUGUGUAUUUCUAACCAAGGCCAAGGGUACUUUAUACUCUUCCCUCGUACGACUGAUCUCCGAAUGGGGUUUGCCUUUCAACACUUUUUAGAGCAAUCCAUUCCUUUUUUGAUAUGUUAAAACAAGCAUUUUAGUUCAGCUGUUGAAUAGCCUUACAAAAAAUUAAUUCAGCCUUGCAGGUAAGUACUGUACUAAAACUUUAACCCUACAGUUUUUAGCCUUUCUGCCUUUAUCCAGACUAUAAAUCCAUACCGGUAAGACGAAAAUGAAAGACACUGAGUGUGGCAUAAGUUGUUAAUGUUAUGCUAAAUUGUUAAAUGUUUGGUUGUCUGCAGGGCUGAUAUUUGGAAUAUUGUUGAAGGACAGCCAUAAUCCUAUACACAGCUGUGUGUUAAGGGAGCUUUUAAAAGUGCAGAUUUCAGGGUAGAAUGACAAAGUAUAUUCUACAUUCUGUUGUCUCUUCUGCUUCCAUCUGCAUUUCUCUCUUAGUUAAGAGAGAGUUAGCCAUUUGACAGUUUUAAGUCAGUGGAAACUUGUUUUUAGUUACUCAAUAAAAUUAAUUUUUAAUUUGUAUAUUUAACUUACAGAGUAGGUUGGUAAUAACAGCUGAACUGUGUAACAUUGUUGCUUCAAAUUGAAGUUUAUAUUAUGAACAUUCAGAAUCAGUGCUCAUAUAGCAGCAUAUUAUUGAGCUAUUUUGAGUUUGAAAAGUGGAGAAGCCUCAGCCCUGUGCCGUGUGUCACGUACACUGACAUCCGAGCGCUAGGCCUCCUCGCGGUGCGCGGACACAGCUCCGUGGGCCACGGUAGGGAUCCGAGGUGGUGCUCUGUGGGCUUUAGAGCUUCCACGGCCUUGGUGUGAACGGCGCACACCUGGACCCCCCCUCGCUCCCUAGCGUGGGCUCAUCUGGUGGCUUGGAGCCCUUCCUGGGGUCAGCGAAGGGCAGUCGGUCGAGUCAGGUGGCUCCCAGGGAAUAGGCAUGUGUCCACUUCCUGCCCUUAGCAGCUGGUCCUGUUCUUUUCUUCCCCCCCCCCGCCCCCGCUUUGUUCUCUGUUUUCCUUUCUCUUACUCUCCCCUCCCCCACAGCUCACUUUCUCUGCUCCUUCUCCGUCACCCUGCAGACCCUGAGCUCCAGGCUUAGGUUUACAAGUUGUGUUGCUCGGCCCGCUUAUCGCUGGGGCCGGGGCUAGGCGAGCGCCGUGCUUCUUGAGGACCGCAGACGCUGCUGCGGGGGUCUGCGAGUCUCAAGGCCCUGCGGCACCGGGCGCUGAAUUGCCGCAGCGGCUCUGGAGGCGGGGUGGUUUACCAGGGUGGCUGCCAGGCACUCUGCAAGGCUGGCUCAACUACUGCUGGGAGGCUGUGGUAUUUCUGCUAGUAUUAAAAUUCUUCAUGAUUGCAGUUAUUGUUUGAAAGAGUGUUUUGGUUAACUUAAGUUUUGAGAGGUGAUUCUAAAACUGAUCUAGAGACUCAUUUAAUAGCAACAACCUGUUAAAAACUUACAUUAAGUGAAACUGCCAGUGGAUUAAAUCAUAUGUAUGUAAGAGCUUCCUUUGUUUACUACUGUGGGACCUCAGUAGUUCUGAGGCUCCAGAACGGUCACGGCGUUUGUAAGUGUUGUGCUCUUUCCAUUAAAUGCCUGUGCAGGUUUUGUAAUUCGGUACAGAAAGGUUAACCUUGUAAUGUACAUUUUUGUAUGUAAAAAGUCUUUUAAGGAGCCUUAUCCUUAUUUAAAUAAAAGGAAUAAAAUUAUUGAGUAGGUUUCUCAUUCACAAAAAAAUAAAAUGGAAACACACUCUGUAGUGAUUUGAUCUCUUUCCAUUUCACUAAACUAUGUCAAAAAGUGUUGUUUAUUCUUUAUAGUACAGCCUU